UUCUCCGGCUCGUUCGCAAAGUGUGACGUCGUUAAAAGUAACCCAUUUACUUAGGUCAACGGACUUCUUCUGUUAUUAUGAGUGAUGUCGCGUUUAUAAAUAACAUCGUGGUUUUAGUUGUGGCGUUGGGCACCGUCUCGACUGAUCUUUGGUCAUAUCGAUGCAGGCGAUGUGAAAAUUGUCUUUAAGGUAAAAAGAAUGGGGAACAGGAAAAUCUCUGCCACCUAUUUAGAGGCAAAAGAACCUUGAUCAGACCUUUCGGAAAAGCAGGCAAAGUGAUGACUGUCACGAAAUCCUUCAGAAAAAGAAGCUUUUUGCUGCUAUGGCUGGCAGUGCUAUGCUGGUCUAUCUUCAAGAACAACGAGAUUGUGUCUUGGUAUAGUGACCUGAGCUCAGCAGACCCUACGUUCAGAUCGUCAAACACAGACACUCCGGAUGCUGCAUUCAAGGGUAAACUUCGAAAUGAAGUGGAAUACUUUGAACGCCUUCUGAAGCUGAGCGGAUCCUGCAGAAAGCAGCUGAGUCUAGGUGGCUACUCCUGCAAGAAAUGGAUGGACGGGGACAAAAGGGUGUGCUUAGACAAUCACGUGAUGCCCCCUCGGAACAACUGUCUGGUUUACUCGUUCGGAGUCGGCGACGACAUCUCCUUCGAGGGGUCACUGUCCCAGUUCCUCAACUGCGAGAUCCAUAUGUAUGACCCAUUGGAGGAUGCCUCUUGGCUCCAGGAAAGCCUCACAAAAAAUAUGCAUUUCCAUCCUAUUGGAAUUUCGUCGGUCUUCAGAGAAAUCCCGCCGAGAGGAAACAUUUCAAAACAGUUUGCAUGGCCAUUCGACAAAAUGCUCGAGGACAAUGGCCACCUGGGCAAGACCAUUCACUACCUCAAGAUGGACGUCGAAUCGUCCGAAUGGGAGGUCUUGGAACAUAUGCUGAACAACAACUUAUUAGAUAACGUGCUGCAGCUGGCUAUGGAAAUUCACACCAAGCACAUAGAACAGCUUCCCUAUUCUCACUGGCUGCCUACCCUCCAGAAACAGAACGACAUCUUGGAGAAACUUGAGGACAUUGGGUUCCGGAAGGUCAGCUACAUCAUCAACGUGAAUGCCCUUGGGGCCAUCCAGUUGCCCUACGAGGAGAGACUCCGGCCUGGGUGCGGGGAAAUUUUCUAUAUAAGAGAUCCCAGGACAAUAAAAAGCUGGUAAAAGAGAUGUUUCCAAAUUUAGCUUUAUUAUUGUUUACAGAUAAAUAGUCUGAUA